CGCUUCUCAACACUAUCCACCUAUUAACCUCAAAGGGGCCACCAAGACACUUUCAACGCGACCAAAAUUGCAGAAAAUAAGAAAAUAAUUGUAGUGUAAGGACAGCUGGUUGGGGUAUCGCGCUUUUGCGGAGGACUGGUGGCACGAAUGGGACGCCAUGCCAGCUAAGAGGAUGACGGCCACAAUAGCAGCCCCCAGCGGUUCCACCAACAAUAAUAAUGCACAAGGAGGAGGUGGAGUUCGCCCUCUGGAGACACUUAAUGGGAUGGUGCGAUUGGCUCCAGCCAGGGAUCUAACCCUUGGCGGGCGUGGCGCUGGACCUAACAACAAAAAGGUUUUCGCCCCAAACUUGAAUGCGGUGCGGAACAAGAAUGCCAAUGUGAAAACCUCUAAAGACACUACACAACCCAGAGGCGGACGUCGAGGUGGUCGUGGAAACGGCUCAGGAUCAGGGCGUGGUCGUGGAGGCGGCGGUGGAAACUCCACACUCAUCCAAACUCAGGGUCUUUUUUCCGAGGGCGCCGGUGAUGGACACCUUCGGCGUUCCACGGGUAAUGGUUCUGCUUAUGCCAGGGCCGGAGAUGAAGUGGCGGUGGCUCGAAAAAGAAAUGACCGCAAGGACGAUAAAGCCCAGGCGUUGAGAGUCAAAGAACUGAUCGGCGAAUCUGACGUCAGUGAUGUGGACGAACCCAGUGACGAAGAUGUCAAUAAGACUGAGAUGGCUUUACGACCAAUCCUGUUAAAGGAAGGUCUUUGGAGCACCCAAAAACCACCGAUUCUAAAACAGGAGGAUGAAAGUAACGCAUCAUCAAAUAAUUUAGAUUCUUUGGCUGUGGCUAACCAUCUGCAAAAGUUACACGUGGCCGCACAGGCUGCAAAAUUGGAAGAACCGCCGCUUCAGUACGGCCGUUAUCCACGAAGCAUUUGCAACUUCCUGGACUCUCCUCAGUCUCAGAUAUUUCUCAUGCAGUUGCCCGACGUGCUGCCAUGUGUGGGAGAUGAAGCUGAAGAUGCGGAACCGUCCAAAGGAGAGCCAGCGGCAACUGCCAGUGAAAGUGAACCAAGCACAACCAAUGUCAAAUCGUCCAGUGCCAAGGAGAGCAUGUUGCGUCAACUGGAAGACGGACAGAUUGGCAAAAUCCUGCGAUAUAGAUCCGGACGUGUUAAGUUGCAGUUGGGCGACACGCGUUUUGAUCUGGAUAUGGGGCUCGACCCGGGCUUCUUGCAAGAACUCAUGUCUGUUACGGCGAAUCGAGAACAGCGUAGCGGAAACAUGAUCAAUCUGGGGCCCAUUCAGGCCAAGUUAAAGGCCACACCCGACUGGGUACACCUAUUUGAGCAGCAGGAGGCGGCCGCCAAGCGUAUCCCGAACACGUAGCAAAACCUUCAUCCUCCCCAGUAGAAUAAUUAAAAUUGUAAAUAGGCUGCGCCUUAGCAUAAGUUAUUCCUUCUUUUAACUCCAUUUAUGUUUUAAAUAUAGAAAUUUCUGACAUAAUAUAAUACUUCUAGAAGAAAGCUA